AUGGCCAAGCCCCCAACGAAAGCAUUUCCACGCGUUGAAGUGGUCGCACAAGAAGACGGCGACAGAACCGAGGUGAUCGAAAAGUUCGCGUCUGCCUGUUACGGCAAAGACGGCAUCGAAAAGCCCGAUUUCGAUCACAUUUUCCGCGAACACAAGCAACCCGAAACCAUGCCGCAAAAAUGUCUCAUCACGUGCAUGCAGGAACAAGUGGAAAUCAUCAAAGGUGAUAAAUUCCAGCCAGAAACCUUCAAAGCUAUCGUACGGGGAGCCGUCAACGAUGAAAAACACAACCACGUUAUCGAUGAAAUUGCGAAAGAAUGCGCCUCCGUUACCGAUGUCAACCGCUGUGAGCAAGGCAUGAAAUUGUCCGUGUGCUACAAAGAAACUGCCGAGAAGCACGGCGUCGACUUUGACAAACUCCAUGGAAUGUAAAUUUAUUUUCUUUGUUUCAAAAAGCAAAUACAUUUAAAUAAACCAAUAUUUGU